UCCCUCGUUCCUGUAGAACCUAAAAAUAGCAUGGGAAAGACAGGCGGACUGCCUAAAUGACCAGGCACAUGCUUGCUCUUUGCUGCUAACCGCACGUUGUAUCAACAAGCUCCCGGCCUCUUCUUCUAUUAACGUUAACAAUGUACGAUUGCUGCAUUUUCUUGCCUCUCAGGUAAAUAUCAAACUCAGCUGUUAGGCUACGCUAGGCAGAAGACUAAAGGAUCACGGUCAAAGCAGGGGCCAUGGUGCGCAAUGUGGACGACCUGGACUUCUGCCUGUCCUCGCACCCCCAGAUCAUCCUGGAGGGCCUGCGCUCCUUCUGCUCGCACCCAAAACUCAUCGACGUAACCCUGUGCGUGGGUGACCGUGAGUUCCCUUGCCACCGCGGCGUGCUGGCCCUCUGCAGCCUGUACUUCCGCUCGAUGUUCUCGGGGGACUUCGCGGAGAGCAUCGCCGCGCGGGUGGAGCUCCACGACGUGGACCCCCAAAUCCUGGCCACCCUGCUGGACUUCGCCUACACAGGGAAGCUGACGAUCAACCAGGAGAACGUGGAGGGCCUGAUCCAGACCUCCAGCCAGCUGCAGUUCCAGGAGGUGCGAGCAGUCUGCAGCCGCUAUCUGCAGCACCAAAUGGACGCCACAAACUGCCUGGGCAUCCUGGAGUUUGGGGAGAUACACGGUUGCCCUGAGGUGGUGGCCAAGGCCUGGGCCUUCCUCCUGGAGAACUUUGACGUGGUGCUGCAGGGCGAGGAGUUCCUGCUGCUGGAGAAAGAGCGGCUGGUGGCCUGUCUUUCGGAUGAGCGGCUACAGACCCGGGACGAGCACACACGCGUGGAGGCCGCCCUCAGCUGGGUGAGGCACCACCAGGCCUCCCGCCUCCCACACCUGACGGAGCUGCUGAGCCUGGCACGGCUCGGUCUGCUGCCCCAGGAGUAUCUGACUGAGACCCUGCUGAAGGACAGUCUGGUGCAGGGGUCUCAGAGCUGUCUGGAGGCUGUGCAGAGGGUUCACAAGGAGAAAAUAGAGUUGGAGCCUGGAGCUUUAGUGAAUGGAAUCUCCUGCAGUCCAAAAGCCAACCUUCAAGAAGUGCUGUUUGUGAUGGGAGGACGCUCGUUGGAUGACUCUGAUGAUGAAGAAGAUGACAAUGAGGAAGAAGAGCUGAAUGCAACAUCACUUCCCAGAAAUACAGCCUUCUACAACACCAGGACCAGACAGUGGCAUCUGUUGCCAGAUUUCCCAGUUUACAACAAGUGGGGUUAUUCUGUGGUUACCUUGAACAAUGAUGUGUAUGUCACAGGAGGCUCCCGAGGUUCUCGUACCAACACCUGGUCCACCACAGAGACCUGGAAGUACAUCACACGAGAAGGGAAGUGGGUGACGGUAGCUUCCAUGCUGAAGCCCAGGACAAACCACACCUCGGCAACGCUGAACGGAGAGAUUUACGUCAUUGGAGGCACCACAAUGAGUAUUGUGGAGGUAGAACACUAUGAUCCCUACAAUGACAGCUGGGGUCUCACGGUCCCCGCUCUGAAAUAUGUGACUAAUUUUACUGCCACUGCCUGCCUGGGAAAGCUGUACGUGAUUGGCUCUUGUGCGGUCAAGUACAAUGCCCUUACCCUGCAGUGUUACAAUCCUGUCAUAGAUUGCUGGAGCAUCAUUUGCUCUCCCUUCAUCCCCAAAUAUCUGUCCUCUCCUCGCUCUGUCUCUGUUGAUGGAAUCAUCUACCUGAUAGCUGACAACACUAAGAAGGUCUACGCUUAUGACCCUGGUGCUAAUAUGUGGCAGAAGGUCCAGUUCCUUCAUACGCUCCAUGAGAAUGGGGGCUUUGUGUUGUUGGGGGGUCAGCUAUAUGUGACAGGGGGGCACUGGAAAGGUAUGGAGGGGGAUUAUGGGGUGGAACUCGAGGUCUACAACUGCAAAACCAACACCUGGACAGUUGAAUGCACCCUGCCCAGGCUGUGGUUAUACAGUGGCUCCUGUUCCAUCUUUCUGGACCCCUCUAAAUGGACAGAGCCUUUCCCAUUGGACGAGAUAUAACGAUUGUCACUGGAUGGAGCCACAGGAUCAUGUAUCAUGUUCUUCAAAUGCAGUGAUCAGCAAGAUGCUUCUUAUCUAUAGAUAUAAUCUUUUUGAUAUUAAAACAUGUUUGCAACAUGUAAAAAGUAUUUAUCUUAUGGUAUGUUUCGGGUGUUUGUUUUAUAUCACAGAUGAUAUAUGUAUAUUCAGACAUUUAUGUUAUUUUUAGACAUGUUUAUUUACACAUUCGUUUUUGAGUGCCUUUUUUAGUGACAUAAAACGUUUUAGAAAACUAUAUGCAGUUGUCUUUUGUUGGUUUUGUAUGAAGCAACACUGCAUUUGCAAUGUAAUUGGUAUACAUUGUUGUUUUUCAAGGAAAUAAAAAAUUCACA